ACUAGGAAGAAACUUGGAGCUGCUGAGGCACGGGUCGUAGCCGCCGCCACCGUGCCCCGUGGCCCGCGUCGCGCGGAGCUGUGGAGGCCUGGCCAUGGGGCGGCGCCGGGCUCGCGCGGCCUAAGGCCUACGGCCUCCCGCGGGCUCCGCUGACGGGCCGGGCGCGAGCGGGCGGGAGGCGGCGUGGGACCCGCGGCCACCGCCGACCUGGGCUCCGGCACCAUGAACAUCGACGUUGAGUUCCAUAUCCGGCACAACUACCCUUGGAGCAAGUUGCCAGCCAACGUGAGACAGAGUCUUGGAAACUCACAGAGAGAAUAUGAGAAACAGGUUGUCUUGUACAGUAUCCGCAAUCAAUUACGCUACAGAAAUAACUUAGUGAAACAUGUCAAGAAAGAUGAACGUAAAUACUAUGAGGAGCUGCUGAAAUAUAGUCGCGAUCACCUCAUGCUGUACCCUUACCACUUAUCUGACAUUAUGGUGAAGGGCCUAAGGAUAACACCAUUUUCAUACUACACUGGGAUCAUGGAGGACAUCAUGAACAGUGAGAAAAGCUAUGAUUCAUUGCCUAAUUUUACUGCCGCUGACUGUCUGCGGCUUCUUGGCAUAGGAAGAAACCAGUAUAUUGACCUCAUGAAUCAGUGUAGAUCUUCAAAAAAAUUCUUCAGAAGGAAAACUGCCCGUGACCUUCUACCAAUAAAGCCAGUGGAAAUUGCCAUCGAGGCAUGGUGGGUGGUGCAGGCUGGAUAUAUCACAGAAGAUGACAUCAAGAUAUGCACUUUUCCUGAGAAAGGCACUAUUGAUAAGAUCAUCGACGCAGGUCCUCAGCUCUCCGGGUCACUAGACUACAAUGUGGUACACAGUUUGUAUAACAAAGGCUUUAUUUAUCUGGAUGUGCCCAUAUCAGAUGACAGUUGUAUAGCUGUUCCUCCUCUGGAAGGUUUUGUAAUGAAUCGGGUACAAGGUGACUAUUUUGAAACCCUACUUUAUAAGAUAUUUGUGUCAAUAGAUGAGCACACUAAUGUCGCAGAGCUUGCAAAUGUCCUUGAGAUAGACUUAUCACUGGUGAAGAAUGCUGUUUCAAUGUAUUGCCGGUUGGGCUUUGCCCAUAAGAAGGGACAAGUAAUAAACCUGGAUCAACUUCAUUCAUCAUGGAAGAAUGUUCCAUCUGUGAACAGAUUAAAGAGCACUCUAGACCCACAGAAGAUGCUCUUAUCAUGGGAUGGCGGGGAAAGUAGGAGUCCUGUACAAGAAGCUUCUUCGGCUACUGACACUGAUACAAAUAGUCAAGAAGAUCCAGCUGACACAGCCAGUGUAAGCAGUUUGAGUCUGUCCACUGGGUAUACAAAGCGUAUUGCAUUCUUAUUUGACUCCACUCUUACUGCGUUCUUAAUGAUGGGAAAUCUUUCACCAAACUUGAAAAGCCAUGCAGUCACCAUGUUUGAAGUAGGCAAACUCUCAGAUGAGUCUCUGGACAGCUUUCUUAUAGAACUAGAGAAGGUCCAGAGCACUGGUGAAGGAGAAGCACAGAGAUACUUUGAUCAUGCGCUUACUCUGAGGAACACAAUUCUCUUUCUGCGUCAUAAUAAAGAUCUUGUUGCCCAGACUUCUCAGCCAGACCAGCCCAGUUAUGGUUUUCCCCUGGAUCUCUUACGCUGCGAAAGCCUUCUUGGUUUGGACCCGGCGACUUGCAGCAGAGUUCUGAACAAAAACUACACGCUGCUUGUUUCUAUGGCGCCUCUUACCAAUGAAAUCCGGCCAGUCAGCAGCUGUACCCCUCAGCAUAUUGGACCAGCUAUCCCAGAAGUCAGUUCUGUCUGGUUUAAAUUGUAUAUUUACCAUGUCACUGGACAAGGACCACCAUCUCUUUUGUUGUCCAAAGGUACAAGACUUCGGAAAUUGCCAGAUAUAUUCCAGGGUUAUGAUCGGUUACUUAUAACCUCUUGGGGCCACGAUCCCGGGGUAGUUCCUACAUCAAAUGUGCUCACGAUGCUGAAUGAUGCUUUAACACAUUCUGCAGUGUUAAUUCAGGGACAUGGUUUGCAUGGGGUAGGAGAAACUGUCCAUAUUCCGUUUCCAUUUGAUGAAGCAGAGCUACAAGGAGAGUUUACCCGUGCCAGUAUGGGAGUUCAUAAAGCAUUGCAGAUUCUGAGGAGCAAAGUGGACUUGCAGCAUUUCUGCGGCUAUGUCACCAUGUUGAAUGCUUCUAGCCAGCUGGCAAGUAGAAAGCUCAGUGAUGCAUCUGAUGAGAGAGGUGAGCCUGAUUUGGCUUCGGGUUCAGAUGUAAAUGGGAGUACAGAGUCAUUUGAAAUGGUCAUCGAGGAAGCAACUGCAGAUGCAGCAACAAAACAAAACUCUGGGACCACAGCAGAAGCAGAUUGGGUUCCUCUUGAGCUGUGUUUUGGAAUUCCUUUGUUCAGUUCUGAAUUAAAUCGGAAAGUUUGUCAGAAAAUUGCUACACAUGGCCUGUGCAGAAAAGAGAGCCUUCAAAGCCUCUUACAUUCCAGCAGAAAACUCUCUCUACAAGUACUUAACUUUGUUCACUCAUUCCAGGAAGGUGCUUCAAUUCUGGAUCUUCACACGGAGCCCAACUUUUCAAGUGUGCUUUCACAGUCAUCCUGCGCUGAUAUGGGAGUUCCACUUCCUGCCAAAAACUUAAUGUUUAAAGAUGGCAUCUUAUCAGAGUGGAGUGGACGUUCGCCUUCCUCCCUUCUCAUUGCUAAUCUUCAUUUGCAAUAAUUUGAUUACAGCAUUUGUUGUUCACACUUUCUGCCUUUUUUCUUUAAGUUGGCUUUACAAUGUCAGCCACUGAGAGCACCCUGCUACGUCGGUGCAGCGUGCAUCACUGGUAGGAGACACUGGGAACGUGCUCAUGUAUCUGAAGCCAGCAGCCUGUUGUUGCACAUCUUACUGCAGCAAAGUGCUUUUCAGCAGCCAGCACUGUACUUUUACCUUGAGACAAUCUGCAUUUCUUUUAUAAAACUAAGGAUAUACUUUAUAGGCUGUAGAUGACUGUUAUGUUUAAAAGCAGUCACUAUGAAUAUUGCAGUAGUAGUUUUAUAUGUUAGUUUCUCAGACAUAAACCUCGUUUAAUUUUAGAUUUUGUUGCCUACACUGAGGGGAAUGAGACGAGGAGAUGGACUCUUCCUCCAAAAGCCUUCUUGGUUCUUGAGGUAGUCACACUAGAGAGUGGCAAGCAUCCAGCAGUGAGGGGUAUGUCCCAGGGCAUUAGGGCUCCUGUGGAUGUCUGUAAAUUAUGUAAGCCAAGUGAACAUGAUUGAGGUAUGUAUGUAAACUUAAACUUGAUUAUAAGGUCUUAACUGAUUAUUCAUUGACAUCUCAUGAAAAGCUUUGGAAAACAUUCUAUUUUUAAAUGAUGUUUGUAUGUGGAAUUCUGUUGUCACUCGCUUUGGACUUUAUAUUUUCAUAGAGUCUUUAUGGAAAAAUAGAAUUUAUUUUCCACCUGUAGUUGAGGCUGUUGCAUGUCUCAUUUUGUCUUGUAGCUUUACCAAUGAACUGUUAGGGCAAUUGACUGAUGAUUUCAAACCAAGGAUUGUGAUUGAAGUUGGAACUGUACAGUAGCAGCAUCAGGGCUGUCUUUGGACUCGGCUCCUUGGUAAGGUGAUUCUUCAGAUACAGCAUCUGGACCUGAAACCAGCACACAGCUCUGGGGGACAGUGAGGAAGCGCUGACUGGCUUCAUGUGCUUCUUUGGGCAUUGGCUCUUUCAGUAUUUCAGAUGUCAGAAUAUUUGGGUUUGUGCAGCGUUGGUUAGUGACGCUCCCUUUAGAGGGAGAUGGCUUGCUAGUGUGAAACUAACAGAACUAACUGGUCAAACAGCAUACCUGAAACAUUCAAAGCAUUAGACCAUUUGAGAGUGUUUGAACCUAACAGGUUUCUUUUUUUUUUUUUUUUUUUUUAAUGGCUUUUGUUAUUUAUACAACUGAUAUUUGUGUAUUUAACAAACUCCUGGAAGUAUAUGCCUUUCUUGAAACCGUUAAAAGUGUCCAUGCAUUUAAUAUCAUGGCCUAUCUGUAGAAUUGAAUUUUUUGGACCAGGUUACCUAUGGCACAGUUAGUGCUGAGUUUGGGGUAAAUGCAGUAAUGUUUAGGUUUCUACUUUGUCUUGUAUAAGGUAGAACUGUGUGUAUGUCUUGUUUGUCUGUAAAAGGAAGAGUAUAUAGUAAUAUUAAAAUAAUUUCUAUGACUGUGAAUUACUCAUUUAUUUUUCCUAUAACUGAUAUUGUACAUUCCUAGCGCUAUUAGUUAUAUGUAUAUGUCACUUUUACAAUUUCAACUAAAAGUUUUAAGUAUUCCUUUUGAUUAGGGCUCUUUAAUCUCAUUUUAUUUGCUUUGUUUGAGUUAACUGUAGGUAUUUAUCCUUGUAUUAAUAGUCGAACGCCAACUCUAAUGACGUGUACACUAAUAAAGAAUCAAACAGUUUUAGUUACGACAGUGAAUCCAGUUUUCAUAACUGAGUUUAUAACUUAAAAUGUGGGAAUGAUUUGCUGCUCUAAUUCCUUUGGAAACACUGAAGAGGAAAUGGAACCUACCUAGAAUUAUGAACUUCAGGGACCGUGCUAAAGAAAAAAACAAAACAUUUCAUCCCUGGUUUCUUGUUUGAGUGGGGAGAGUGAGACCAUCAGAUUCCCAGCUGAAGUCCUUGUCUUCUGGGGACCAUUUGCAUUUCAGAGAGGAUGAUGUGUUUUUAUGCACAUCAUUAAUGAGUGUGGCUGGUUCCUUCCACUCAUGUUAGCUCACACAGAUCUCUGUUGAGUUGAUAAAAAAAUUAAAUAAAUAUAGACUUUGUUCUUUGCCAAAGAAGUUUGAUUAAAGUGUGUCCAGUUAUUUUGCAAAUGUUUACUUUCAUUUGGCUUUGUACCACCCUCCCUCCUUUCCUUCCCUCACCCCUUCCUAUAUAGCUUGAGCCAUGGCAAGCAAACAUUUAGAAACCAAGAAAAAGAAAAGUGAACUACUAAUGUCAAAAAAGGCAUACAAUUUAGUAGGGGUCCAGUUUCAACUCACAAAUGUAUAUCUAAAGAAAUGCAACUUUAUAUCAUAUAGGGUGAUCUGAUUCCUUAGAGUAGUGGUUCUCAAUCUGUGGGAGGCUCAGACUCUCCUGUCACCCGGGUUGUAUAUCAGAUAUCCUGCAUAUCAGAUAUUUACAUUACAAUUCAUAACAGUAGCAAAAUAACAGUUAUUAACUAGUAAAUGAAGAUAGCUUUAUGGUUGGGGUCACCACAACAUGAGGAACCGUAUUAAAGGGUCACAGCAUCGGGACAGUUGAGAACCACUGCCUUAGAGCCUUUUUUGUUUAACAUAUGUAACCAGAUGGUUGUAUUUGUUUGAGGGAAGUGAUUUCUCUUGCUGGGUGUUUUGUUUUCUUUGCCAUUCAUGUUUCUUUUAUGUUCAGUGUUUCACAUAAACUUUUUAUAAAGGAUUUUAAAGUACCAAAACUGUAACUCAGUACAGUGGUUUGUUUUCUGUUAUGAUGUUAAUACUAUACAAUGAAAUUGUAUAAAGUGUCAAUUUGAUUAUUGACACAAAUAACAUGUUUACAAAUAAACUGUGGUGUUGAUCAAA